AUGAUUGUUCUGGCGAUCCAAAGUGCAUUUCGAAAUGCAGUAGUUGUCCAGCUACUGGACUUGCAAAUUGCUGCUUUAGCGUUUACCGCGACGUACCUAACGUUUGGUCACCUUCCGGUAAAGCACAACUUUGCCAAACCGGUCGACGUACCAAACGUUUGGUCACCUUCUGGUAAAGCACAACUUUGCGAAACAGGUGUAACAGUCACCGGCAAUCCGCUUGAAACAUUGACAUUCGUGUUUGCUGCCUUCAAGGUAUAUGCCAGCUAUUAUUGUGAUGGCGAUCCGAAUUGCGUAUCUCAAUGCAAACAUUGCCCGCAUGACCAAAGUAUACUUGCACCAUGCUGUUUUGGCGUCUAUGAAGGACAAAGUUGUAUUGCUUGGUCACCUUCAGGUGGCGCACGACUUUGCGAUAUUGGAUCAAGUUCUGCUAGCAACCCACCCGUUUCAUGCCAAACGUGUCUUGAAUGUCCUGAUGCAAACAGUUGUGCACAAGUGAAAUGUUCAAGUGAUGAUUUAGGAACAUGCUGUUACGCAAGAUCAAACGAAAACGGUCCUCCGGAUUUGUUUGAUUGGUAUUGCAAGGAUUGUGCCAAUUGCAAGCCUGGCUAUUAUAGUACGGCUUAUGAGACAACCAAAGCAAAUUGUCGUGCCUGCAAGCCAGGCGAAUCUCGCGGCGUAAACUGCUUCUAA